GGUCUCUUUUUCUCUUACAUUUCCACACAACUAUUCCUACUACAAAACAGAACAGACCAUUCCACACUGUUCUUUAUCUGGUCGGGAUGUUUCUCCGACAAGCUUACCGGAAAUGGCUGCCUUCAAUGUUCUUCCUUUUUCUCUUCCUUACAUUAUUUUUCCCAGCAAAUGGGGAUGAGUUGGAGGUUCUGCUGAAAUUCAAGUCUGCCGUGGGAAAAUCAGGUUCGGGUGUUUUUCGUUCGUGGACGGAGGAAAAUGCACCUUGCAACUUCAUGGGAAUUGUGUGCAAUUCGAUCGGUUUUGUAGCAGAAAUUAAUCUUCCCCAACAACACUUGGCCGGAGUUCUUCCAUUUGAUUCAAUCUGCUCGCUGAAAUCAUUGGAAAGGAUUGAUCUUGGAACGAAUUUCCUUAGCGGGACUGUUACAGGGGAUUUGAAAAAUUGUAAAGGGCUGAAGCAUCUUGAUCUGGGGGAAAAUAAUUUUUCCGGAGAAGUACCGGAAUUGUCUUCUUUGAGUGGAUUGAAUUUCUUGAAUUUGAAUGCCAGUGGAUUUUCGGGAGCAUUUCCAUGGAAAUCCCUGGAAAAUCUAACUGGACUCACUUUCUUAAGCCUCGGUGACAAUCCGUUCGACCCUAGUCCGUUUCCAACGGAGCUUCUGAAGUUUCAGAAAUUGUAUUGGCUUUAUCUCACAAACUGCAGCAUCACAGGACAGAUUCCGGACGGAAUUCAGAACCUCACUCUGCUUGAAAAUCUGGAGCUUUCAGAUAACCAUUUGUCUGGAGAAAUUCCGGCAGGAAUCGUGAAACUCAACAGGUUACGGCAACUUGAGCUCUACAACAACUCCCUCACCGGGAAAUUCCCGGUGGGUUUUGGAAAUCUCUCAAGUCUGGUGAGUUUUGACGCCUCCAUGAACCACCUCGAGGGCGACCUCUCUGAGUUGAGAUUCUUGAAACAGAUAGCUUCUCUGCAGCUCUUCGAAAACCAGUUAUCCGGCGAGAUUCCUCCGGAGUUCGGUGAAUUCAAGAAUCUGCUAGAAUUGUCCCUUUACAGGAACAAGCUUACCGGUCAGCUCCCUCCAGCGAUCGGUUCCUGGGCUGAUUUUAUUUACAUAGAUGCUUCGGAGAAUUUCCUGACGGGGCCUAUUCCUCCAGACAUGUGCAAGAACGGCAAAAUGACCGAUCUUCUUCUCCUACAGAACAGGUUGACUGGAACCAUCCCGGAAAGCUACGCAAGCUGUAAGUCCUUGUCUCGCCUUCGAAUUAACAACAACUCUCUUUCCGGUGCUGUCCCGGCUGGAAUUUGGGGCUUGUCGAAUCUCUCUCUUAUUGAUCUUACCAUGAAUCAGUUUGAAGGUCCGGUGACGGAAGAUAUAGCGAAUGCUAAGUCUCUGGGACAAUUACUAUUAGCUAACAACCGAUUUUCCGGUGAAUUACCUGCUUCACUGUCUCAGGCUUCAUCUUUAGUCUCCAUCCAGCUUACUUCAAACAGUUUUUCCGGCCAAAUCCCGGCGACAAUUGGGGAACUGAAGAAGCUGAGUAGGCUUUACACUGAUCACAACUUCUUAUCCGGUGCAAUUCCUAACUCUUUAGGUUCUUGUGUCUCCUUGAAUGAUAUAAACCUCGCCGGUAACAUGCUCACCGGUGAAAUUCCUGAUAGUUUAGGAUCUUUACGUACUCUAAACUUCUUGAAUUUAUCCGGGAACAAACUCUCCGGUGACAUCCCCGCCAGUUUUUCAUCAUUAACAUUAAACCUUCUUGACUUGUCAAAUAACCAAUUAGUAGGUCCAAUACCGGAGUCCUUAUCCAUUCAGGCCUUUAGAGAUAGUUUUCAGGGGAAUCCAGGGUUAUGCAGUUCAAAGCUGGAAGGUUUCCAGUCAUGUUCAUCGGAUCCUCGCAAGUCCAGUCAUCUUGGAGUAAUUCUGUCAUGUUUCAUAGCCGGUAUUAUGGUCCUUGUCAUUUCACUAGCCUGUUACAUUUUUGUGAAAUUAAGGCAGAAUAAUCUAGACCAUUCAAUGAAACAAGGCUCCUGGAAUAUGAAAUCAUAUAGGAUACUAAGCUUCACCGAGAAGGACAUAAUUGAUGGCAUUAAGGUCAAGAAUUUGAUAGGUAAAGGAGGAUCAGGCGAUGUGUACAAAGUUGUACUGCAUGAUGGGAAAGAACUGGCUGUCAAGCAUAUAUGGACUGCAGAUUCUGGUAAUCGGAAAAACAUCAGCAGCAGUGCGGCUAUGCUGACCAAAAAGAGCUUUAAGUCACUGGAAUAUGAUGCAGAGGUAGCAACUUUGAGUGCAAUUAGGCAUGUCAAUGUGGUGAAACUGUAUUGUAGCAUCACAAGUGAGGAUAGCAAUCUGCUUGUUUAUGAGUACUUGCCUAAUGGAAGCUUGUGGGAUCGACUGCACACAUGUAACAAGAUUGAGAUGGAUUGGGAGGUGAGGUAUGUCAUUGCACUGGGAGCUGCAAGAGGACUCGAGUAUCUGCACCAUGGUUGUGAUAGACCUGUCAUACACCGUGAUGUGAAGUCAAGCAAUAUUCUGCUUGAUGAAGAAUGGAAGCCGAGAAUUGCAGAUUUUGGCCUAGCAAAAAUUGUGCAUAAUGUUGGUGGGGGAGGGGAAUGGACUCAUGUCCUUGCUGGAACUCAUGGGUACAUAGCUCCUGAGUAUGCAUACACAUGCAAGGUGAAUGAGAAAAGUGAUGUUUAUAGCUUUGGAGUUGUUCUUAUGGAAUUGGUGACCGGUAAAAGGCCGGUAGAUGCCGAAUAUGGGGAGAACAAGGACAUAGUACAAUGGAUACAAAGCCAAAUGAAGAGCAACGAGAGUUUGCUUGAUGUUGUGGACUCAAGAAUCUCGGAGGCUUUAAAGGAAGAAGCCAUCAAGGUGCUGAGAAUUGCAAUUUGUUGCACAGCAAAAAUUCCUAGGCUCAGGCCUACAAUGAGAAUGGUUGUACAGAAGCUAGAGGAGGCUGAACCUUGCACAUUCACAGGUGUCACUGUUCAGAAAGACUGCGAAAUUAGUCCAAGUGGGAAAUUGAAGAACAGCAGAAAUUUGAUAUGAGCCUUUCAGUUUCAAUUUCAAGGUAGGAUCUGCAAACUGGUUUUCCAUGUUGCUGAAGGGAAGAAGCAAUCCCAAGAUGCAGAGUAGGCUCUGCUCAUAAAAUGAAGCAGGGUCAUUUUCUUCUGCAAUUACAGCAGGAUUUUCUAGCAGUAUCAAACAGCGUCAUCCUUUUAUAUCAAAUAAGCAACAAAUUUCUCCCUAUUAAUAAAUAAUAAUGUAAUGUCAAUGACAUAUGUAAUUCAAUGGUAAUAUACUUUUUGUAGAAAUAAGAGGUUUUCAAUUUUAGUUGUAUAAUAUGCAAGUAGGAUGAAAUUAAGGGAUGAAAAAAGU